AUGCUGACCGCUCUCGCCCCUCCAGCUCUACUGGGGUUCCCGGGACGGCUUCCCGCGGCCCCAGCGCGGCGCCAGGACUCCUCGGAUUCGUCAGGCUCCUACCACACGGCUCCCGGCUCUCCAGAGCCCCCGGACUUUGGGCCGGACGCGGAGGGCCCGGCGAGUUGGCCCAAGGUGGCCCCUGCGCCGGGGGCGGGCGCGCAGCCUCGCCUGUCCGUCAGCGCCCAGAAUAGCCGCCAGCAGCACAGGCUGGUCUCGGGUUUCCAGCGAGGCCCGGGCUCCGGCCCACUGCCACUCCAGCCCCAGCUGCGCACGCUGCCGUCGGGGGAGAUGGAAGUCAUCUUCAACGCCGGGCCCCUGUUCAGCUCCUCGGACGUGGCGGAUCGAGAGGUGCAACAGCUUACCGCGCAGGCUUUCCGCAGCCUCUCUCCGCCUAGGCCGGCGACUCCCGCCCCCGACCCACCGCAGCCCCAGGCCCCCGACCCACUGCAGCCCCAGGCCCCCGACGGUGGCGCCCGCUGGGCCACAUAUCUGGAGCUGCGGGCCCACGGGCCCAGCCCCACCGCACCAGCACAGUUCGAGUGUGUGGAGGUGGCGCUGGAGGAGCGCGUCGCGCCUGCAAAGUCGCGGACGGUGCCCAAGCGUCAGAUAGAGCUGCGGCCUCGGCCCCAGAGUCCCCCGCGGGCGGCUAGCGCACAGCAUCCCCGGCUGCUUCUGCGCACCGGCUCCCUGGACGAGUCGCUGGGUCGCUUGCAGGCUGCCGCAGGCCUCGUGCAAACGGCACUAGCGAGAAAACUGUGUCCGGCGCCCCCCGCCCAAAGUACGACCACCUCCAGCGCGCGGCAGGAGCCUGCGACCCAAGAAACAGCCCGCAGCGCCCAAGGCGUCCUAGAGGAGGCCAGAUUUCGGCCACCUCGCGUACACGAUGGUUGCGCCUCUGCCAGGGCUCCACGGCCGUGGCCCAGCCUCCGCGAGCGCGCGAUUCGGCGCGACAAGCCAGCUCCCGGUACCGAGCCGCUGGGUCCCGUUAGCUCCAGCAUCUUCCUGCAGUCAGAGGAGAAGAUCCAGGAGGCGCACCACCGGGCACCCAAGACUCAGUUCCCGCGGGAGAUCACGGAUCCUGCACGGAGUCUGCCCUUCCAGGUGAAGCCGAGGAGCCCAUCCCCGCCGUGGGAAGCUCCGAAUUGGGCCAUGAGGGGUUCUCGCUGCCCGCCUCCCCAGGCCCUGUCCCUGUGGGAUCCUGCUGUCCAGAGCGUGAAGAGCCCAUCGGUUCCCGAAGCUUCUAAUACAAAGGAUAAUCGGAAUCCGGCUGUCGAGGAAACUGUUAGCAGAGGAAGCCCUUCGCCUCCGACUGUUUCCCGGUGGAAUCAGGGUGUUGCCAGGACAAAAAGUCCAUCCCUCAAAGCUCCUUCCCUGUGGGAGGUUCCGCAUCCGGCAGUCCGGGAUACGGUAACAAGGAGGGGGAGCCCGUCGCCGCCAGCCUUGCCCCCAUGGGAGGCUCCAGAUCAAUCUAUAGAAGAACCGUGGAGCCCAUCGCCCCAAGAGACGUGGCCUCCCACGGUGCAGCGAUCAUCCAGAGCAUCUACCCAAGAGGCUCUGAAUGGAGUAGCUCAGGAGGAGCAGGCACAGUCUACACCAUCCACAUCAUCUUCACCCGGGACUCCGGAUCUAACAGAGGCGCAAAGUCUGUCUACGCAAGAGAUUCCAGAUCCUGCCUUUCCAGGUACUCAACCGUCGCCAGAGUUCGCUGCAUCCGAGCCGCACCACGGUCUGCUGGUGAGCUCCCUGAACGCCGAAGAGCGUCCGGAAGCCUUGGGUCCUGGGGAAGAAGCCUCCGGACGCCAGCGCGUGGCCAUUCCGCGGCCCCGCGACGUGCGCAAGAUGGUGAAGACCACGUACGCGCCAAGCUUCCCGGCAAGAACCCCAGGCUUAGGGCUGCCUGUAUCUCCUGCCCACCCCCACGUGAAGGAGGACGGCACGUCCAAGACGCAAGAGCUCGAGACCCUGAAGUCCCCUGCCCAGGCUCACUACACUUCUAUCUUUCUCAAGGACUUUUUGCCGGUCGUGUCGCACCCCUACGAGCCCCCAGGGCCAUCCCCGAGUUUUAACACAGUCUCCCGGGACCCCUCGCAGCCCAAUGGGGUCCCGCGGCGGAGAGCAGAAAACAACACAGCGAAACCCUUCGCUCGCACUGAGAUCCGCCUGCCUGGUGCGCUGGCCCUGUGCCGCCGACCAGACCGAACUCCGGCAGUUCAAGUGCACGUUCUUGGCGGAGAUAACCCCGACGCGGAGCAGCCCCAGCCCCUCGUCCCAGACGGCGAGGGUCGGAUCAGCCCUCCAGGAGGCGCUCGCACCUCACCACAGCGGUCCCCUGUAGAGCCAUUGGGGACCCACCCUCUUCGGCCACCCAGCCCCAGCUCCCCUCAGGCACACCCCAGUUCGGGCCCAGGAGUAUCCCCCAAAUUGGAGACACCCUCUGCGGCCCACGAGCCAGCGGCUGCCAUCCAGCCUCCUCUCUCGCGGGAGACUCAAGCGUUGGCCAGCAGGACAGCCCCUGCCCAGCCUCGAGCUGCCUCAGCGCCCCCAAUGGACCGGCCUCCAGAAGGCUUCUCUCAGGGGGCGCGCAGGCCGCCCGGGGCCGCGCAUCUGGGGAAGGUCCUGGUGGAUCCUGAGAGUGGCCGCUACUACUAUGUGGAGGCGCCGCGGCAGCCUCGACUGCGGCUGCUGUUUGACCCGGAGAGCGGGCAGUACGUGGAGGUGCUGCUCCCACCCUCGCCCCUAGGGCCACCCCGCCAAGUCUACAGCCCACUGGCCUUGGGGCCCAGCCUCUAUCCACCUGCCUAUGGGCCCGUCUCUGGCCUCUCAUUACGGUCGUCUCCAGGCCUGCCGGCCCUCAGCAGCCCCCAGCUACCCUGGGCUUCUGAGGUGGGGCCGCUAGACAGGAUGUACUACCUGCCAGUGAGUGGGGCCCCCAGCCCCGCACCUCCUCUGCUCCUCUGUGCCCCACCCUCCAACUCCGGUCCUGCCCAGGAGGGCAAGGACUCUUUGUUCCCAGUGUGA